AUGCAGCGCCACUUCCAGCUCGACACUCUUGUGAUAUCUGCUGACACGUGCUCGCACCCGAACACCAAAGCUUUUCAGUGCCCAUACGUUCGAUGUCGACGUCGGUUCAACCGCAAGUACACGCUUACGGAGCACAUGAAGACGCACACUGGCGAGCGUCCGCACGUCUGUCGCGCUCGCGGCUGCGGUAAGCGGUUUAGCACAUCAGGGAACUUGUCCCGACACAUGCGUCUUCACGGUGCAAUUGAGCCCGUGCACUGCCCGGUGACCAACUGUUCCAGCAAGUUCAUGAGCGACAUCAAGCUGGCAAAGCAUAUGCGUUCGCACUAUUUGCCCCGGACACACACGUGCAAGGUGUCCAAGUGUAGAAAGUCGUUCAGCACGACUGGCAACCUCAACCGUCACUUGAAGAACCAGCACACGGAACAGGAGCGUGGGCAGUUCGAGUCGAUAACCCCUGUUUCUCCUUCGUUGAGCUCAAUCUGCAGCACUCCUACAAGCCAAAAGUACGGUGUCUCACCGAUGCGCGACAGUCCGAUGGGUAUUGAUCACGAAUGGGUCGGCGUUUCGUGGAAGUUGAUGUUGGAUGCGGUCGAGCUGGAGAUGCCUGAUCCGUUCAAGACCGCGUGCACUGCACCCUGGAAUCCCGAGAUGCUGAACAUCCUAUCCCAGAUUUUGCUUGACUAG